CCAAAACAAGUAAGUUUAAAGAUCGAUCGAUCCAUCAUAGUUGGGUGCCGCAUCAUCCAUCUGAUCUAUAUAAUGAUGUCAAACUCCGAUGACUGCAAUGGCAACGCCGCUGCUGCUGCUGCAAAAGCUGCCUAUGAAGAUUACGAUCUGAAGCAUAUUUUCCGAGUUUCACAACAAAUAUUGGUAAGGAGAGAGCCCGGAGAGUAUUACCGCGCUGACAAUAAUCCAGGUUUCUUCACUGGUAUUUUGGAUCAAUACGGAAGCACCAUAUCAGACGUCAGCCGCCAGAUGACGUGCAAGCUGAAUGAAAGCGAAGACGAGAAAACAUACAAGAUACUGAAGGGAACGCUAAGAAAUCAUUCAUGGAAGGCCAAAAUGGUGAUAGCUGUGGCGGCUCUUGCCCUGAAGUGUGGGAAACACCUCAUAAUCCCUUCUGAAUUGCCAGACUUGGAGAAGCGCCGUAAAUCGUCGGAGGACAAUCAGAUCAUUAAGUCUAUUUGGCUCCUCCAGCGGCUCCACAUCAUUUCUGAUCAUCUUCAAACAAAUGAAGCUGCGCCGCUGCAGCCUCUGAAUCAGUGGCUAACGGCACUUGCAGAUUUUGUGCUACCUAUGAUGAAGCUAACUGAAUUCAUAUUAUAUGAACUCCGCGAUGAUCAAAUUCCUGAGGACGACAUUCAAUGGAUAAUUAAAAGUGCAGUAGUUUGUUCGUCCCAGAUAACGCUCGCUCACUUUCUGUUACUCUCCAAUCGUCAAAACCUCUUUACAACACAUGCUUUGAAACUCAAUCUCCUGACCGAGACGGUGGAGAAGACGUCCAAGCAUUGGGAACGUGCUCAAGUGUCAAGACACUAGAUUUAGUUAAGUUUGCCAUUUCUUACUGCAAUGCAACAGUCUGGUCGGGUCGUGUGAUCGAUGAUUGUUCAUUUCAAUUGUUCACUUCAUUGUAUGCUAUGUACUUCAUAUAUUACUCCGUAUAUGGUUUCAAUAUACAUACUUAUGUAUGUGUACAUUUGAUAAUAAACUAUCAUUUUUGUUUG